UGGUCAUUGUUCGCAACGAUAUGCGAUCUUGUAUUGGUAAAUACAGACCGUUUACUACUAGAUGACAGGUGCAUUCGCAUUAUCCAUUCUCGAUUCAAGAUCGGUGGACUUGCAAAAUAUAACUCGACAGACAUGUUUGCAUCAGUGAUUGCUACAUUAUUGUGUGUUACCGCUUGUAACUGCCAGUUUGUCGGGAGCAAUGUGGACAACUUCGGGACAUUCAAUCCGUGCAAGCAGGGCUUCGAGCGACACCUGAACUCCUGCUACAGAUUUGUGAACAUCUCCAGUAGCUGGGCAGAAGCAGUGACACUGUGUGACGUGCUGAACGUAGACCUUGCAGAGGUCAACACCGCCGAUGAAAACUUGUAUUUGACCCAUCUCGUCCGGAACAACCUUAUGGAUAGUGAUCAUACACACACGGUGUUUGACAUGUCGUUAGCCGAAAGAGUCUGGGUCGGGGCCAGCAAUAUUCAGGGUAGUCUUAUGUGGAUGGCAACCGGAACGCCCCUGACCUACAUACCGUGGGCGAAAGGUGAGCCCAUCAUGAGCGUGGACACUGCCGUGUAUUGCGUGAUGAAGAUGGGCAACGACUGGUACUCGGACAAAUGUACUCACUCCAGGCCGUUCAUUUGUGAACAAGCGAUCGACGGACUAGUUAUGCCACAGCCUUCGACAACUACUACAGUAAAACCAGACCAGCCCGUAGGGAAAUAAUUUCAUAAACAACUGAUAUGGGAAUUUGAAAUAUAAUAAUGUACAAAAACAAA